AUGUCUACCACGAUUGAGGCAUCGACGAAGAAGGCGCCGCAGCCUGUAGGCAUGCGCCGAAAUGGCAAGCAAUGGAUUGCACCAAAGAAGGCGUUCCGCCCCGGCUCUGGUCUCCAGUCGUAUGAGCGGCGGGCAGAAGAACGCAUCGCCAAGGCGGCCAUGAAGGCCAAGGAGAAGGAGAUGAAGGAUGAGAAGGAAGCAGAGCGACAGAGACGUGUUCAGGCCAUCAAGGACAAGCGGGCUGCCAAGGAAGAGCGAGAGAGAUACGAGAAGAUGGCCGAGAAGAUGCACAAGAAGCGAGUCGAGCGACUGAAGAGGAAAGAGAAGCGUAACAAGCUCAUCAACUCCUGA